AGUGCAGAAUAUAGUUCUCAGCAUAGUACCGCACCAGUUCCAGAGACAAAGUCCAAUGCCUGCAGUGGGGUAGAGGUGAAUCAGACUGUUUCCUGCCUUUCGUUGUUUAUUUCCAGGAGGGCCGGCGGGGCUUGUUGAUCGUGUGAUGCAACUUUGCUCCACUGGGAGGGAGGGAGCGAGAGAGAGACAGAGGAGCGGGAUCCCGGCUCGGGAGGAGCGGGAAGAGGCAGUGGAUAUCACCCAGAGUGUGCGGGCAGCGAGUGAGUGAGCGGCCGGGCCAGCGCUGUGUCUGAGCAAACCCCUCGCCCCCCGCACCCAUCCCGCUCGGGGUGGGAGACCAGCGGACAGUCGCCAGCCGCCGCCACUAGCCCGCGAGCACGGCCCCCCCUGCAACAUGCCGGUGAGGAGCGGCUACAACUUGGUGGACGAUGUGGGCGACCCCAGGACACCGCUGCACAACGACGAAGCGUUCCAGCACGGACUGCACUUCCAGGCCAAGUACGUGGGGAGCCUGGACGUGCCGAGGCCCAACAGCCGGGUGGAGAUCGUGGCAGCCAUGCGGAGGAUACGGUACGAGUUUAAGGCCAAGAACAUCAAGAAGAAGAAGGUGAGCAUCGUGGUGUCUGUGGACGGGGUGAAGGUCAUGAUGAGGAAAAAGCAAAAGAGGAAGGAGUGGGCGUGGGAUGAGAGCAAGAUGCCCGUGAUGCACGACCCCAUCUACAGAAUAUUCUACGUGUCGCAUGACUCGCAGGAUUUGAAGAUAUUCAGUUACAUCGCCAGGGACGGAGUCAGCAAUACCUUCCGAUGUAACGUGUUUAAAUCGAAGAAGAAGAGCCAAGCGAUGCGUAUUGUCCGUACGGUGGGGCAGGCCUUUGAGGUGUGUCACAAGCUGAGUUUACAGCACGUGGAGCAGAAUGCCGAUAGUGGAGGGGACAACGUCACAGAAGAACAACUCCCUGCUGGUCGUCAGCUGCCUGGAGCAGAGAGGAGCGGGAAAGUGGACAGAGACGUGGAACUCUACAGCACCAGAGAGUGUGACGGGACUGAGCCAGAAAUGGAUAAAUCCACACAACCUCUCACAGAGAGGAAUUAUCAGGACUCCAGGGACGGGACUCCGUUUGGGCCUUCGCCGCCGCCACUGUCGCCCUCUGCUGGCAGCCCCUGCUCGUCGCUCACCCCGCUUGCCUCCCACCACCAGCUCCAGCUGCUCCAAGCCCAGCUCUGCCAGCAGCAGCAGCAGACACAGGUCGUCAUGGCGCAGCUGCAUCUGCUGAAGGACCAGCUGUCGGCCGAGACAGCGGCCAGGAUGGAGUCGCAGGCCCGCAUUCACCAGCUGAUGCUGCAGAACAGGGACCUCCUGCAACACCUCUCCCUGCUGGUGCGGCACCUGAACGACCUGGAGAGCAGGCUGAGCUCCCAGCAUGCGGCUGAUCAAAGCAUGAGCUCCAUUUCAGAACAGAUUUCGUUGUUGAACCUUCACCAUCACGACCUCAUCACGAACGCCCCUCCCACCUCCACGCCGGCAAAUGUCCUGAUGGGUUCUCCAGGGACCGGCCACUUGUGUCGCUAUGGCAGCAGCCCGCCUCUGCGGAGAGCCACCGUCGACCUAACCCUGGACGUUAGUGACUUCCAUGCGGUGAACGGGAAGUGGGAGGCCAGCGGAGCGGUGGAAGGGUCGCUGGUGAAUGGGGCGAUCCACGGAAGGAGAGAGAUGGUGGGCUCACUGACAUUCGAUGACCUGAGUCUGGAACCAAAGGCUGAAAGCAGGUUCGGCCGCACCAUCCCGCGGCUCGACCCCCCGCCGGCCGCCACCAGGAAGCGUUCCAGCAGAUGGCUGCCGACGGCCGCUGAGACCAGCGCGCGGUGCUCCCGGUCGGUGCUGGUCAACACCUUGCUCCAGGGCUCGGACAGCUCCACCUUCACCGACGUCUCCUCCUGCACCUUCGCCCCGUCGGACUUCGACUCGGACGCGCGGCCGGCGGCCGCCGUGAGGUCCGACCCCGGGGACCUGUGGGCCUCUGCCGCGCCCCUGCCCCUGGGCUCGGGCGAGAAGGACGGGGCCACAGGGCCUGCCGACGCCCCCUGGGCAUCUCCUCUCCUAGACUCUCCUCCCCUUACUCCGGCCACCCCCUGUAAUGGCCCUUGGGACCACACCAGCAGCACCCUCCCCUUCUCCCCGCCUCUCAACGACACAUGCCUGCACAUUAGCUUCUCAGAGGAUGAGGUUGCGGACAACGAGGCUGAAGACUCCAGAGCCCAGCAAACUGCCCCAGUGGAAACCCCAGUGGCCACCACAGAGAGCCCAACCUCCAGCUAAUACGUCUUGCUGCCAGUGAUGGAGGCACAAGGAACUGCACAUGCCGGUUUACAUUUAAAAAAAACACAAAGUGCUGGAGUAACUCUGCAUCUCGAGAGGACAUGGAUAGGUGGCGUUUCGGGAUAGGGACCCGGCUUCAGACUUUGCCGUGUAUCGGAGCCUGAUGGCUGUUGGGAAGAAGGUGUUGUUGAACCCGGUGACAUACUUUUCUCCUCCCCCCUCCUCCAUCAGUCUGAAGAAGGGUCUCAACCUGAAACGUCACCUAACCCAUGUUCCCCAGAGAUGCUGCCUGACCCGCAGAGUUACUCCAGCACUUUGUGUAUCUCUGUUGCAGCCAGUGAUUCCCUGUUACUCCAGUACUAUUAAGCAUUGGAAUAGUCUCGAAAUCC